UUUACCAUUGGGUUAUUUCAGAUCUGUGAUAUUUUGAUAUCUUGUUUUCUAUUCCUGUACUGACUGGUGUUUAUGGAAUUGAUAGAGAUAGAGUGAAGCUUAAAAGAUUGAAAGAUUAAGGACUAUUAUCCCACCUUAUCCCAUCUCAUCCCAUCUCAUCGCAUUACACCAUCUUCACAUCCUCCCUCACAUACCUACCUACAUACAAUUCCCUCUCCUGCUCUUCUCACAUCCAAACCUCAUCAAAAAUGACACUAGCACAAACCCUCCUCCUCCUCACCAAUUUCCGCUCUCCCUUCCUCCGCACGCUGGUCCCUGCCGUCGGCGCAGCCUACCUCCUGCAGGCGGCCGUCGCAAUCCCGAGUAUCGCGGCCCAGUCCGAACGCUUCUAUGAUUUGAGUGGCAGUUUGACCUAUUUGAGUGUGACGGCUCUUUCGCUUUACUUGCCGACGGUGAGGGCGAGGGCGGCGGCGGAGGUGUUGGGGAAGGGGAAGGGGGGUGUGGAGUGGCCGAAACUCCUCGAAGCAUUUACCGGAACGGGAGGUGCCAAUGCGUUGAAUUGGAGACAGGUAGUUUUGAGUGCGGCCGUGGGGAUUUGGGCUACGAGGCUUGGUAGUUAUCUCUUCAAGAGAAUAAUGGAGGAUGGUCAUGAUUCUCGCUUCGACGAAAUCAAAAAGUCACCUACUAAAUUCUUUGGCGCCUUCUUCGCCCAAGCAACUUGGGUGUCCCUUUGCUGUCUCCCCGUCCUCGCCCUUAACUCUAUCCCACAUCCUCUUCUCUCCACCCUCCCCACUCUCAUGCUAACCGAUAUCAUCGGACUUCUCCUCUUCGCCGGCGGUCUCUCCUUUGAAAUCGUCGCCGAUCGCCAAAAAUCCGCCUGGGUCGCCGCGAAGAAGAGAAAAGAGCAUGAUGAGGAUUUUCUCACUAGUGGUCUGUGGAGUAAAAGUAGACACCCCAAUUAUUUCGGAGAAGCAACUUUGUGGACCGGAAUUGCGGUUUUGAGUGCGGGUGUGCUUACCGGGCGAGUAGGUCAGUUGGGGAUGGGCACGAGUGGGGUAUGGGGAAAAGCUUUAGGAGUGGGUAUUGCGGGAGUUAGUCCGGCUUUUGUGAGCUUUUUGUUGUUGAAGGUUAGUGGGGUACCGUUGAGUGAGGGGAAGUAUGAUAAGAAAUACGGUCAUCGAAAAGACUACAAGGAGUGGAAGGAGAAUACUCCAAUGUUUAUUCCGAAGUUUUAGGGAGUUAUGUGGGGGAUCUGUCUAGGGAUAUGCUAUGCUAUACCUGGGAACUUGAUGGGUAGAGGGAAGGAGGAAAGGAAAGUCACCGAAGAUAGGGAGAGGCGAGGGAG